GAUCAUGUGACAUAGCCUGUCAUUGACAACCUGUUUUUCUUUCUCUCUUUCUUUUGUGAGUAUCUGUGUGGAGUGUGGUAGCCUCUUCGUCUUCAGUGAUAUAGGGAAAAAAAAAAUUUGAAAAAAUAAGAAAAGUUCAAGUGGCCUACUUGGGUUGUUGCCAACCAUAUCAUUCUUUUCCUUUUUUAUGAUCUUCUUCUUUAUCAUUGAAAAAAUCCAUCAAACAAGUUCAACUUCUCACUUUGCUAGUUGUUGAAUUCUCAUGGCUACUGAGACUGUAGUACCCCAUGAAACUUCCAUCACUGAUGAUGAGAAAGUUGAGCUUGAGAAUAAGCCAAAAGACGAUGGAAAGAUUGGUGGUCAAGAAAUAGUUUCUUCGUCCAAAGAAAAUGGAGCUGAGGAUUCACCUAGUAUAGUUGACCCUUCAUCUAAAUCUGAAGCUACAGAGGGAAAGUCAACUGAACCUUCUGUGGUUGAGGGUGAUAAACCUGCUGCUGCCCCAGCUUUAGAGAUAACUGAUAAGCUUGAGGAAAGGAAGACAGAUGCUGCUCCGGAGCUAGUAUCUGAGGCUGCAGUGAAAGUGGAGCCAGUAACCGAGGCUGCAGUGAAAGAGGAGCCAGUAACCGAGGCUGCAGUGAAAGAGGAGCUAGUAACUGAGGCUGCAGUAAAAGAGGAACCAGUAACUGAGGCUGCAGUGACUGAGGCUGUAGUGAAAGAGGAGCAAGUAACUGAGGCUGCAGUGAAGGAAGAACCAAUAACUGAGGCUGCAGUGAAAGAAAAACCAGCUGUGGUGAAAGAGGAACCAUUAACUGAGGCUGCAUUAAAAGAAGAGCCAGUAGCUAAGGCUGUAGCGAAAGAAGAACCAGUAGCUGAGGCUGCAGUGAAAGAAGAACCAGCUGUAGUAAAAGAGGAACCAGUAGCUGCAGUGAAAGAAGAACCAGCUGUUGUAAAAGAGGAACCAGUAACUGAGGCUGUAGUGAAAGAACCAGUAGCUGAGGCUGUAGUGAAAGAAGAACCAGUAACUGAGGCUCUAUCAAAAGAAGAACCAAAGGAAGAACACAUUGCGAUUUUGGCGAAAGAGCUAGAGGAGCCACCGAAGAUGAUUAAUGUUCCUGAAUUGUCUGAUGAAGCUGUAGAGGAACCAAAGAAAACAGUUAAUGUUGAUCCUGUCAAAGAAUCAGAAUCAAUAGUGAAAGAAGUUGAAAAAUCUACCCAAGAACCUGAAGUGGAGGACAAACCAGCAGAACAAAUCGAAGUCACUAAACAAGUUGAAGAAAAGUCUUCUGUGGUUGAGCCUAAGGAAAGCGUGGAGGGUGAAACAUUGGAAAAGGAAGAGUCUUUGGCUGAUAAGAUUGAGCACUCCAUAUCCUCAGAGGAAGUAAAAACUGAUCAUAAAUAUGACGAGUCCAGCUUGGUCAAAGCUUCAGAAGAAGUUUUGAUUGGUGACACAGAGAAGGUUGCUGCAGAGGAAGAAAAUAAGGAUCUAAGUGAAGUUAUAGAAGCUGAGAAGGAGAUAACAAAGGUUGAAGAAGAGUCUUCUGAAAAGAAAGUGGAAAUUCAAGAGAGCGAAAAAAGGGAUGUAGUAACUGAGGAAUUAACUAAAACUCCUAAAGAAGAGGUUGUCACGGUUAGGACAAUAGAGAAAAGUGUUGUAGAAACGGUUGCUGCAGAGGAAGAAAAGAAGGAUAUAAGUGAGGUUGAUGUCAUGGAGAACAUACCGAAAGAGGCAGGGCUUAAGAUAGAGAAGGAUGGAGGAGAAGAGUCUGCUGAGAAGAAUGUGGAAACUCAAGAAGAAAAGGAAAAGAAGAGCGAGGAGUCAACUGAAGUAGCUAAAGAGGAAGAUGCUAACAUUUCGACUUCUACAGCUGAAGUUAAUGAGCAGUCAUUUCAGGUUGCUGACAGAAAUGUUGAAUUGGUUGAGAAGAAGAAAACUGAGACACCAGCUUGCACUGAAACCGAAAAGGAGAAGCAAGUAGAGGAUAAGAAGGAUCAAAUUAUUAAUACUGCUGUUCGUGAGACACUUGAAGAAAAAUUCAGGCAAGAUGAUUCUGUAGUUAAAGAGAAGGAACCUGAAAAAACAGAUGCAACCAAGUCCCAGGAUGAAGUAGAUCCAGUUGUUCAUGAACUUGUUUCAGAAUCCAAAAAAGUUGAGACUAAAGUUAAAGAAGAUGAAACUGACAAAUCUAAUGCAGCUACGUCCCAAGAAGAAGUAUUUUCUGCUGUUCAUAAACCAGUUGAAGUACCUCAGAAGGCUGAGCCUGAUAUUAAAGAAAAUGAAAAUGAGAAAGUUAAUGUAGAUAAAUCCCAGGAUCAAGUAGUUUCUGCUGUUCGUGAAGUUGUUGAAGAGUCCCAGAAAGCUGAGUCUGAUAUUAAGAACACUGAAGAAGCUGUUCUACCUGAGUUGGCGAAAGAAACCGUUGAAGAUUCUAAGCAACCUGAGAUUGAAGUUAAGGAAAAAGAGACUGAUUUGAAGCCCGAAGCACCAAUUGAAGAGUCCAAAGUUGAAGAGGAAACGAAAACUGAAGCAAAUAAUUUGGAGAAAGAAAAAGUUGAAGACAUUGAAAAAUCUGACAGAGCUUCAGAUGAAAAAGAAGUUCUAGUCAAGUCCACUCAGAAGCAGUCAAACACCAUUCUAUCAAAGGUGAAAAAUUCUCUUGUUAAAGCAAAAAAAGCCAUCAUUGGGAAAUCUCCAAGCUCGAAAACACCAGCUUCUGAUGGAAAGGGGGACAUUAAAGUCAAAUAAAAGAAAAAACUACGGUAAAAUUUAGAAAGAUAUUGUAUGAUUAUGCAUACUUGGACGUGCAUAAUGCAGUGGUUGGAUUUUUGUGCUGUUGAUGUUCACUCUUGUCUGUUUUGGGUCUUACGUUUUGCAGGGAUGUGUAUAUAGAAGGUACAAGCAUGCAUGCAAAUACUCAAUAUUGUAAAAACUAGAAAGACAUUUGUUACCCUUCUUUUUAUAGGUUUUUUUUUUUUUUUUGGUAUUAUUUUUUUAUUUUGUGUUUUAUUCCGUUGAUUUCAGUUGAGUACUGUUUUGUUUGGUGGUGCUUUGCUUGAAUACUGUUUGUAGUCCAUUAUGAAGAGAACUCUAGUUUGUGGCUUAUGUACAAUUGUAUUUUUUUAAAGUUGUGAUUAUCAUUGUGAUUCAGAAAA